CGCCAGUAAGCACACCUUCUCUUCGCUCUUGAAGCAAAAGCCAGGAAGGACUAGUCCGCCGAGAUCCAGGGGUACUAUGGCGAUUUCAAUGAGGGAUGUAGAUCCUGCCUUUCAAGGGGCUGGUCAAAAAGAUGGACUGGAAAUAUGGCGGAUUGAGAAGUUGCAAGCCGUUCCUGUUCCCAGAGAAUCACAUGGAAAAUUUUUUGCAGGAGAUUCCUACAUAAUACUAAAGACAACUGCCCGUAAAAAUGGUUCUUUUCAGCAUGAUAUCCAUUAUUGGCUUGGUAAAGAUACCAGUCAGGAUGAAUCUGGUACAGCUGCAAUCAAGACUGUGGAAUUGGAUGUUGCUCUUGGCGGACGUGGUGUUCAAUACCGUGAAGUACAGGGAAAUGAGACUGAGAAAUUUCUUUCCUACUUUAAACCCUGUAUUAUACCAGAGGAAGGUGGAAUUGCAUCUGGUUUCAGGCACACUGAAAUCAAUGAACGGGAGCAUGUAACACGAUUAUUUGUCUGCAGAGGAAAGCAUACAGUCCAUGUCAAAGAGGUUCCUUUUGCAAGAUCAUCACUCAACCAUGAUGACAUAUUUAUUUUAGAUACAAAGUCCAAGAUAUUCCAAUUCAAUGGAUCGAAUUCUAGUAUUCAAGAGAGGGCUAAAGCCCUUGAGGUUGUGCAAUAUCUCAAAGACACCAACCAUGAAGGAAAAUGUGAUGUAGCUGCAGUUGAGGAUGGAAAGUUGAUGGCAGACGCUGAUGCUGGUGAAUUCUGGGGUCUCUUUGGGGGAUUUGCUCCCCUUCCCCGAAAGACCUUUUCUGAGCCUAAUGGAAAAGAUACUGCUUUCCCUCCAAAGCUGCUCUGGGUCAACAAGGGCCAAACAGUUUCUGUGGAUUAUGAAGUUCUAACAAAAGCGCUGCUAGAUUCAACAAAAUGCUACAUUCUAGAUUGCGGAUCUGAAAUUUAUGUCUGGAUGGGUAGAGAAACAGCGCUUGAAGAUCGGAAACAAGCAGGAUUGGCAGCUGAGGAAUUACUUCGUGAAGGAGAUCGACCAAAAUCUCACAUUAUUCGUCUCAUGGAAGGAUUUGAGACGGUUAUAUUCCGAUCAAAGUUUAAUAAAUGGCCCAAGAAAGCUGAGGCAGUUGUGUCAGAUGAGAGCAGAGGAAAAGUUGCAGCCCUUCUUAAACGCCAAGGAUUUAAUGUUAAGGCUGUAGCAAAAUCUGCUCCUGUGAAGGAAGAGCCUCUACCUCAGAUUGACUGCACAGGGAACUUGCAGGUUUGGCGCGUAAAUGACAGUGAAAAGACUUUUCUUUCAUUCUCUGAGCAAUGCAAAUUCUACAGUGGAGAUUGCUAUAUCUUCCAAUAUAGCUACCCUGGUGAUGAUGGGGAGGAAUGUCUUAUUGGUACUUGGUUUGGAAAAAAGAGUAUUGAGGAGGAGAGGGCUGCAGCCACUUCACUUGCUAAUAAGAUGGUUGAGUCUCUAAAAUUCCAGGCAGUUCUGGUUCGCCUUUAUGAAGGAAAGGAGCCCAUUGAGUUUUUCCCAAUAUUUCAGAAUCUGGUUAUAUUCAAGGGUGGUGCUAGUACUGGGUAUAAGAAGUUUGUCUCAGAAAAUGGCAUUCAGGAUGAUACAUAUUCAGAAAAUGGGGUUGCACUUUUCCGGGUUCAAGGUUCAGGACCAGAUAAUAUGCAAGCAAUUCAAGUUGAUGCGGUGGCACCAUCCCUGAACUCUUCGUACUGUUACAUACUGCAUGAUGGAGAUACGGUAUUUACAUGGAUUGGGAACCUAAGCUCGUCAAUGGACCAAGAGCUCGCUGAGAGGCAACUAGAUGUGAUCAAGCCAAAUCUCCAAUCCAGAAUGCUCAAGGAAGGAUCAGAAUAUGAUCAGUUCUGGAAGAUACUUGGAAUAAAAUCCGAGUACUCCAGCCAGAAGAUUGCAAGAGAUCCAGAAAGUGACGCUCAUUUAUUUUGUUGUACUUUUUUGAAAGGGGUGCUUAAGGUUAGAGAGAUAUUCAACUUCACACAAGAUGAUAUGAUGACAGAGGACAUAUUUAUUUUGGACUGUCAUUCAUGUGUAUUUAUAUGGGUUGGACAAAAUGUGGACACAAAAAUACGUGCACAAGCUUUGAGCAUUGGAGAGAAAUUUCUAGAACUUGACAUUCCAAUGGAAAACUUGUCACGAGAAACACCACUUUAUGUCAUCAAUGAAGGAAGUGAGCCCCAAUUUUUCACCAGGUUCUUCACUUGGGAUUCUGCAAAAACAGCCAUGCAUGGCAACUCAUUUGAAAGGAGGCUGUCUAUAUUGAAGGAUGGAAUAAAACCAAGAAGAGAUAAACCUAAAAGAAGAACAACAACAUCAUCGCACACUGGAAGAUCAAGUGUGCCUGAUAAAUCUCAGCGGAGAAGUACGUCUUUCAGCCCCGAUCGUGUGAGAGUUAGAGGAAGGUCACCGGCAUUCAAUGCAUUGGCUGCAACCUUUGAGAAUUCAAAUGCCCGAAAUCUAUCAACCCCUCCACCAGUUGCAAGAAAAUCAUUUUCGAAGUCUUCCUCCCCUGAUCCUGUAAAGCCACCCCAGAGAGCUGCCUCGAUCGCCGCAAUGUCUGCUUCUUUCGAGCGGCCUAGACAAACUCUGAUACCAAAGUCAAUUAAAGCGAGUCCUGAGGUAAAGAAACCACAAUCUGAAGCAAGCAAACCUAAGCCAGAGGAAGACGCCAAAGAAAGUACCCCUGCUGUGAAGGAUGGGCAAACUGUGACUCCGACAAUACAGGAAGAUGUAAAGGAGGAUCAGCCCGAAGACGAGGAAGGGCUUCCUACAUAUCCGUAUGAUCGCUUGAGGACAUCUUCAAGCAAUCCUGUCACAGACAUUGAUAGUACCAGGCGUGAGACGUAUCUAUCUUCGGCAGAGUUCAGGGAGAAGUUUGGCAUGACAAAGGAGGCUUUUGCAAAGCUACCAAAGUGGAAGCAGAAUAGGCUCAAGAUCGCACUCCAGCUCUUUUAAAGUCUUCUGCUGUCAAAUAUGCAGCAGUUAAUGUCUGCUUGGUGAAAGUAAGGACGGCGAGAUUGUUUUUCAAAGGCAAAUCUCAAACACGAAGAUCUCUCUCGCACAUGUCGUAAUGUUAAGAAGAGACAUCGGUAAGUGUAAGCCUAUCUGGGUCAAGGGGACCCUUCGUAGGCGUCGGAGGGGCUGGAGCAGUGAGUUUUGAGCUGCCCAUGCCCUGGAAUUGUGUGUUGUCCACUGACGAAUUCUCCAUGUCGUGUGUCGGGUCACUGCAUUGGUGGUCCGGUCACACACCCUAAUUCUUUCCUUUCCAAGGUCACCGAUUUGGUUGUGAGCUUGCAAUGCUUUUUCCUCGCCCUCUUUGAAACCUCACCAUUUGUUUCAUUCUUUCAUGCUGUGUAUGGUUUCCUGACACAAAUAAUUAUGUUACAUAUAUGGUGUAAGAAGUUAGGUGAUGGGAUGGGUCGGGAUGAACGCCCCUUAUGUUGGAAAAUCCAGGCGAUGUACGGGAGACGGGCGUCUUGCCCUUGGAAUUUGAUCUUUUAAUUGGUAAUUAGUUAUUCAUGCGUGCAAAUUUUGUCUUUA